AUGAAGACGCUCAUCUGUUUAGUACUAGGGCUUGCGGCUCUGUCCGCAGCCCACGUGGUAUAUGAUGACAAAAUCCUGGUUGAUAUGGAUAUAAAGCAACGUCAAAUGGUCAUUAUGAAGUUGCUGAACCAUGUCUUGGACCCCGUUAUGUACAAAGAAAUUGAGGACAUCGGCAUGAAUUUCAAAAUAGAGGACAAUGUUGAUCUUUUCACGAAAAAAGAUGUUGUGAAAUCAUUCCUUAACAAUCUGAAGUUCGGUUUUCUGCCACGUGGAGAAAUUUUCACCUUGCAUGUUGACCGUCAACUAAAGGAAGUGGUCAACGUGUUCCACAUGCUCUACUAUGCUAAAGACUUUGCCACUUUUAUUAAGACUGCUUGCUGGAUGCGUCUCUACAUCAACGAGGGCAUGUUUGUGUAUGCUCUCACCGUUGCUGUGAGACAUCGUGAGGACUGCAAAGGCAUUAUCCUCCCUCCUCCCUAUGAAAUCUAUCCUUACUACUUUGUUCGUGCUGACGUUAUUCAAAAGGCUUAUUUGCUUAAGAUGAAAAAAGGACUUCUCGACCAUAAUCUAUGUGAUUUCUAUGGCAUUAAAAAAACCGAUAAAGGUAUCUACAUCAUAGAUGAAAUGGUAUAUGACCGCCGCGUUUACUUAAACGAUGAGGACAAACUCAGAUACUUUACUGAAGAUAUUGGCCUUAACACUUACUACUACUACUUCCAUGUUGACUAUCCAUUCUGGAUGAAAGAUGAUGUUAUAACAAAUAAGCUUAUGUUCAGACGUUGGGAAAUCACUAUGUAUGUGUACCAACAAAUUUUAGCUAGGUACUAUUUAGAGCGCCUUUCAAACGGUCUCGGCGAGAUUCCGGUCUUUUCUUGGCACAAGGAUAUUAGAAAAGGUUACUGGCCCUGGUUAAUCUUGCAUAACGGUGUACAGUUACCAGUCAGGCUUAACAACUAUGUGUUAAGGGACGAUAAUAACGUUGGUGUUAUGAGGCUUGUUCAAAACUACGAAACAAUCAUCAAUGAAGCUAUUGUCAAAGGUUUUGUUGAGAUUAAUGGAUUGAGAUUAGAGCUUACCAAACAAGAGGACAUGGAAAUGUUGGGUAAACUAAUUUAUGGAACAAUUGAUAAGAAUGUUGUAAGCAAAACCAAAGUAGAUGCCUAUCGCUACUUGCUUAUUUUGAUGAAAGCUGCCAUAGGUCUUAAUACGUUUAAUUCGGACAAAUACUUCGUUGUGCCCUCUGUUUUGGACAGCUAUCAAACAGCCCUUCGCGAUCCGGUGUUCUAUCAAUUACAAAAACGCUUGUGCUAUUUCAUGAUGCUCUGGAAGUUACGUCUACCCAGCUACACUCACGAAGACCUUUACUUCUCCGGUGUUAAGAUUGAGAAUGUUGUAGUUGACAAACUCGUCACAUACUUCGAAGAUUAUUUAAUGGAUAUGACAAAUGCAGUACCACUUACCGAUGAUGAAGUUAAGAAGACAACAGCUGACAUGAUAUUCUUUGUGCGCAAACGUCGUCUUAAUCAUCAGCCAUUCAAAGUGGUAGUCGAUGUUCAAUCAGACAAGGCAGUAGACUGCGUAGUAAGAAUGUUCUUAGGACCAAAGGUAGACAAUGUAGGACGCAUGAUAGAUCUUAACAUAAACCGUGUAAACUUCGUAGAACUCGAUUCCUUCCUUUACAAGCUUACGACAGGCAAAAACACGAUCAUAAGAAACUCCAUUGACAUGCAUAACCUUGUUGGUGAUCGCAUUAUGACGCGCGAUCUCUGGAAGAAGGUAGAAACUAUUACUGACAUGAGAGAUCUAUUGUUCAAGGACCUUAGAAACUACCAUACUGGCUUCCCAACUAGACUUUUACUUCCUAAAGGUAAAACAGGCGGUAUGAAAAUGUGGUUCUAUGUAAUCGUCACACCAUUGAGAUUAGUUGACAAUGUUGAUAUGUCUAUCCUGGAUACGACUCGCAAAGAUGUUGUUUUCGACUUCAGAUCCACAGUGCUUCUCGACAAAAUGCCUCUUGGUUUUCCAUUUGAUCGUCAGAUCGAUAUCUCUAAAUUCUUUACUCCCAACAUGAAGUUUGUAGAUGUUAUGAUUUUCCACAAGAAGCUAAUGUGCGACAUGAAAACUCGUUGGAACCGAUAUGUGCUCAGGAACUACGACGUGGUUGAUAAGACCGUGAUAAUGACCGAUGACUACUUUGUUGAUACAGAAAUCAACAAAAAAAUGGACCACGAUACUCAUGUUUACGAUUUU